AUGUCGUCUUCCGGCCUACCACCGUCCAACGCGCUCUUCCCGGCUCUCUACCUGUACCCUUUGAACGACACAUGGGCACCCAAACACAUUGCGCUGACGAGUAUGCACACGAAAAUUGGACGGCAGACGAGCAGCAAAACAGCGCCAGGCGAGCGGAAUGGGUUUUUUGACAGCAAGGUGCUGAGCCGACAACACGCAGAAGUGUGGGAGGAGGGUGGAAAGAUAUAUAUUAAAGAUGUGAAGAGUUCGAAUGGGACGUUUAUCAAUGGGGAGAGGCUCAGCAGCGAAGGACACGAAUCGGAGCCAUUCGAGCUCAAAAGCGACGACAUCGUCGAAUUCGGUAUCGACAUCGUGGGCGAAGACAAUAAGACGAUCAUCCAUCACAAAGUCGCCGCGCGUGUUGUAUGUGUGUUCACAGAACAGGAUGCCCAGGUCGCUGCACGCGCCGAGCAGCAUCAAGCUAUGCAAGCACAACAGCAGGCCGCGCAGCAUCAGCAGCAGCAUCCACAGCAACAUGGGCAGCACGGCCACCCGCAAGGUGCCGGAGGGUUCAUGGGCGCUGGCCAGCAAGGCCUCGGGGGGCUAGGAGGGCAGGCGCAUGGACUGGGCGGUCCAAUGGGCCUUGGAGCAAUGGGUGGCCAGCCACAGGGCGUGAUGGGAGGACUGGGGGUGAAUGGUGGACAGACGGGCCCGGGCGGUGGACAAGGUGCGCAGAAUUUCCCCUUUGGACAGGGGCAGCCGGGUGCCAGGAGGCCACAGCUUGCGCAAGGCCUCGGUUCGAUGGGUGGUAUAGGCCUCAGGCCGCCAGGUAAAACCGGCCUGAGCUUCGACGUGAUUCUGAGUCGCCUGCAAGGCGAGGUGCAGAAGAGUCGCGAGACAGGGGCAGAGUUGGGCAGUUUGACGAGCGCGAUGGGCGAAAUUGGGGAUGUGCUUGGGGGUGUCGGCGUGCCUGCAAACCUUCCACCGUUCCCGGCACAUCUACCCCCUGUGCGUGCGCCUCCACCGGAAGCGCAGCCAUCCAUACCUUUGCCGCCACCUCCUGCUGCUGUUUCUGCACCUGCACCUGCACCUGCAGCCACGUCACCCAGCGCACCCAAUGCCGCACCCGCAUCAGCAGAGGCCGCAUCGACAUCGACAUCGACAUCAACAUCCGCUACCGCAUCAACGUCGACAUCAACCGACCAAACAUCCACCUCAUCUCCGCCUUCGACAUCUGCGCAGCCUGCACCGUCCGGUCUAUCCGCGACCCUCAUCGCAGAACUACAGGCCCAGAUCAGGGAGACGCAGAGCAGCCUCGCUGCCCACCAUGACCGCGUCCGCCAACUCGAGGGCGCUCUCGAGGCGCAGGAAGGUUUACGGCGUGAGGUUGUGGUGUUGCGAGAGCUUGUGAUGCGUGGCGCGAGUUCAUCAGGGACGUCCGGCGCGGGUUCGGGUGAUUCAAGAGAGGUAAGGUUGGAGGAAGGGUCUCACGAAGAGGCAAUGGGUGAAAGGCAUCGUACGUGUGAUGACGAGGACGAAGGCGGGGAGGGCCAUGAAGAUGACGACGAGGAAGAAGAAGAUGACGACGACGAUGCGCGUAGUGUGUCGACGAUUAUUCCGCACGAACUCGAGAGUGUCGAGGAGGAGGAUGAGGAGGCCGUUGCGCGUGCUGAGCGUGGUGAAGAUGGCGAUGGCGAUCCCGACCAUGAGGCGCGUGAUGCGCAGCAUGGAGUUGAGGAUACAGACCAUUCUGUGUCUGAAGCUGUCGACCCUUCGACUCUUGAUCAGGAGCACGAGCACGAACAAAGGCAUGAACAUGGGUCGGAGGAUGAGGCAGAGGCAGAGAAGCGGAAGCAGGAGGAUCUCAAGGUCGGCAGGCCCCGUACACCGGAACCCUCGCUCCUGGGUAUGGGUGAGCGCAGGGCAUCACCGCUCGUCAGGCGACGCCCGCGCGACGCUGAUGAUGAAGCUGGGCAGCAUCCUGAAGUCGACGAGGACGAGGAGGAUGGCGAAGAAGAUCAUUUCAGACCUUCGUUACCGUCCUCUGUAUCCGAUGCCGACGACGACUCCGAAACGGAGGCGAAUCCCGCCUCUAAAUCCUCUGCAGUGUCCACCGAAACGAGCACGAGCGCAGAGGUGCUGGCGCAAGUCAGCAAGCUUUCGGCGCAGGUCUCCUCGGUCGUCGCAUUGAGCGAGGCGCUGCAUAGGCAGCACGCCGAGGCGCAGGGUACGAUUCGAGCACUGGAGAAAAAGGUUGAAGGGUUGGAGGAGAUGCUGAGAGCUGCUAGCGCUGCGAAGGAGGAAGAGGCUGCCGCUGUGGUGAAGGAGGAACCUGUGGAUGACGUGCAGGUUAAAGCCGAGCCUGUAACGGAGGAACCCUCUUCCACAGCUAUCACGAUAGCAGCGACUGUCGAAUCGGCCCUCGCGGAGAAAAUGGCUCUCUGGAAGAAGGCUGUCGAGGGUCAAUGGAGCUCUGUCCGCGAUGAGUGGCGUGACGAACGUGCGCGGCUUGAGAGGGCGAGAGAGGAGUGGGAGGCUAGGGUGCGGCUGGUUGAGUUUGGUCUUGAGAGAGUGCGUGAUGCCGAACGCGAACGGGAAGGGGAGGUGACGAAGACUAGGGUGAAUGGUGGUGGGAACGGUAAUGCGAGGGGGGGUCUAGCGACGCCGCCGAGUCCACGGUCGCAGAGCUCAGAUUCAGGGAGGUAUAGGAGACGGAAGAAGCGUGCGGCGCUCACUAACGCUGGUGCUACUUCAACAUCCGCCGUGGAAGGCAGCUCUGGUGCGAGUGGUAGUGAGGACGAAGAAGACCGUGAUUCGGGCGACGAAAAGGCACCGUCUGCGCAGAAGCUUGAAGGACGAAAGGGGGUCGAACUUGUAGAUGACCCUACGCGAAUGCUUGCUACGCCAGAACCGUCUGUCGUGUUCAAGCUCUCGGAGAGCGCUGUGUCGUCUCUCGACGGUGACCGGGAUCAGGACGAAUCUCAUCUAUCUGGGAAGACACGGACACACCCGCUUGCAGACUCGAGCGAUGUGGACGCGGAUGUGCUCUCACGUAGUUUCGACGAAGAUUCUGUUGCUGGGCAAUACGAACAAUCAAGUGGAGAAGGGCUAGAAGGAGAAGGAAUAGAAGGCGCUAGGGCGAGUCCAUUUUCUUCCUCAUCGACGUAUGCGCGCGACGCGUUGCUGAUCCUUUUCUGGGUUUUUGUUUCUUGUGUGUUGGGUGUAUUGGGUGUAUUUGUGGGUCUUGCUAUCUCUGUUUAUUCAUGGCUUGUGUCGGGCGUCGUUUGGAUCUCUUCAUCGUCGGUCGCGCGCUGGCUGUCGACUGUCGAUCUUGAUUCCUUGGCGGCUGCGCUUCCUGAUACUCGGGUGUAUGCUUGGGCUACACAGACGUUGCACCACCUGAACAAGGGCAAGGGCAAGGAUAGCGCGGGAAACCCGAAUAUCAAUGUCCAAACUGCGGUGGGCGUAGUGCUGCUCAGUGUUGCGGCUGCCGCUGUGUUUUGGAAGAUCAAGCCCGAGUAG